AUGAGCACUCACGAAUCAGUUGCACAACAGUUGAGUCUGCUGUACGCGACCAUUUUGUCACGUUUAUUAGUACAUAGCUUACAAAAAUACAAAGGAAAAGAUCAACAAAGCACAAUGCAUGAGACAAAUUCAAGCAUUUCAUGCGAUCGCGAUAAGGAUAAUAACGACAACGUCAUUUUAAACGACGUAAUUGCACAACAAAAAGUAGUGAAAGUGCACUGGCCAACAGACGUCGAAAUUGGCUCAUCGCCGAGAAUAAAAAGAAAAUUACAAAAAGCGAAUUUUGAAAUUCAUCCAGUAACGAUUCUGGAUUCUGGAGUUUUCACUAAAGCUGACAAGGGCAAUGUUACGGUUGCUUUAGAUAAAAAGGAUUACAUCAAAAAAAUGGAAGAUAUGCUUAAUGACAAAAACACAUACAUAGUAGUAAAAAAAGAUCCUAUGAAAUCAUUGGAAAAAAAUUUAAACACUAUGUUAAAAAAAUGGAAGGAACAGGAUUACAUUUCUGAAACAACUCAAUUGCGUCUUAGGUCCUCGGACUCAAAUCUUCCUCUAGCAUAUGGACUGACCUUUGGAACCCCUAUGGGUUCACCUUUAUCCCCGAUUAUAGCUGAUUUAGUAUUACGGGACAUUGAAGAGAAAGCUUUAAAUUCACUUAAUUUCUGUUGUACUUUUUAUUUUCGAUAUGUGGAUGAUAUAAUUUUGGCAGCACCUGAGGAUAAAAUUGAAGUUAUUAAAGACACCUUUAACAACAUACAUAGACGGUUGCAAUUUACAGUAGAAUUUGAACAAAACCAUAUGAUCAGCUUUUUGGAUUUGUUAUUAAUUGUGGAGGAUGGAAUUAAUGGAUAUCCUAUAGAUUUCAUCUUUAAAUAUUUCAACAGAAGAAUAAAAAACUUGAUUCAAUCCAAAAAGAUUGUGUCCACAAUUAAUGACAAUUCCAAUAACACAAUUAAUGACAAUUCCAAUAAUAACAAUAAUGUAAAAAAGAAAUAUAUGGUACUUCCGUUUAUACAAGGUAUAACACAUGCAGUUACGAACAUGUUUAAUAAAUCUCUUUACAAGAUAGGUUACAGAUGCUUGAAUAAGUUAGAUAUGUUUAUAAAAACACUCAAAGAUAAAAAAGAAAUAGCUAGCAAUAAUAAUGUUGUAUACAAGAUCCCAUGUAAAAAUUGUGAUAUAACCUAUGUGGGACAAACUAAAAGGAAAUUGAGCACAAGAAUUAAAGAACAUAUGAAUAAUAAAAAGCUUGAGCAGUCUAGACAUUCGGUACUAACUAACCAUAUUUUACAAUGUAAUCAUGAAUUUGAUUGGAACAAUACUAAAAUUAUGGAUUAUGAACCUAAUUAUAAUAAGAGACUAAUCUCAGAGACUUUACAUAUUAAAGAACAAUUAAAUGGAAUAAAUUUAAAGAAGGAUACCGAAUCUCUUGACGAUGUAUAUGUACAUUUGCUGGAACGUAUUGGUGACAAUAAACAAUGA